UUCUAUUUCCAUAAAGCCCUUCUUGUGGCACUUCCCUACAGCAUCUUCUCCUUCUCUCCUGUCUCUGAAUAACCCACAAAAAAUGGGAAGGCCUCCAUGUUGUGACAAAUCAAAUGUCAAGAAAGGUCUCUGGACUGCAGAAGAAGACGCUAAGAUCCUCGCUUAUGUUGCAAUCCAUGGUGUAGGAAACUGGAGUUUGAUCCCCAAGAAAGCAGGUCUGAAUCGAUGUGGAAAGAGCUGUAGAUUGAGAUGGACUAAUUACUUAAGACCUGACCUUAAACAUGACAGCUUCUCUCCCCAAGAAGAAGAGCUUAUCAUUCAGUGUCACAGAAUCAUUGGCAGCAGGUGGUCUUCGAUUGCGCGAAAGCUUCCAGGAAGAACAGACAACGAUGUGAAAAACCAUUGGAACACGAAGCUGAAGAAGAGGCUGGUGAAAAUGGGGAUAGAUCCUGUGACUCAUAAACCUGUUUCUCAGGUCCUUACCGAGUUCAGAAACAUUAGUGGCCAUGGAAACUCAUCCGAACCUUUUUUUGUCAGAAACUUCAAAACAGAACCAUCUAACAACUCUAUACUCACACAAUCCAACUCAGCUUGGGAAAUGAUGAGGAACGCAACAAGCCAUGAGAGCUAUCACAACUCUCCAAUGAUCUUUACUCAUCCCACUUCAUCUGAAUUCCAUUUCUCUAACCAUUCAAACUUUCCACUCAAUGGAGCCACAUCUUCAUGUUCUUCCUCGUCGUCUUCUGCUAGUAUCACGCAGCCAAACCAAGGGGCUCAAGCAUUCUGCUGGAGUGAUUACCUUCUCUCGGAUCCGGUUUUACCACUGAGUUCUCAGACACAAGUAGUGGGAUCCGCAGCUACUAGCAACCUCACUUUAAACCAGAACGAAAACUUCAACAGCCAUUCCGCGAGCUCAUUUGUGGAUGAAAUAUUGGAUAAGGACCAAGAAAUGCUGUCACAGUUUCCUCAACUCUUGAAUGAUUUCGAUUAUUAGAACCUUCCUUUUGUUAUUCUUGUUGUUGUUGCUUCUCUUGUAGCUUAAAUUCGACGUUUUAUGAUGU